AUGGCGCGCAACAAACGCCGCAACCGUCCGGCCAACGAGCACGAUCUCGCAGAAAUACAACGCGAGUUCGAUCGCGCUGCUCCCAGUGAGAUGGAGAUUGAUGAGGAGUUCAAAGCUGUCCGCGAGGCUAUGCCGGAGCCUUUGACGGACCAACAAGAACGCAUGGCGGAGAAAAAUUUUCGCAAAGCUAUCUCUGGCCUUCAAAAGGCUGGUGCUUCUUUCGUCCAGCAGAGGAGAAUGGUGAAGAUCUUCGAGCGCGAGAAGAAGGUGCAGAAGCAGGAGGAAGCCGUAGCCAAGAGGGAGGAAGAGGUCAAGGCCAGGGAGGAGAAGGCAGAUGCCCGGGAUGCGGCCUUCACCAAAUCCCGCCUCCAAGCCAUUGCUGGCGCAGAUACGCCUUCGGCUGUUGCCGCCGCCAUGAGCGGCAUGCAAGUCUGA